AUGAAUCGGUACGGAAGUUGUUUCCUCCUUUUAAUAUUGUGCAUCGUGGCGAGUGAUUAUCAAGUUAGUUCAGACGGAAAAUCUUUGUUGCGGAGGAGGCGCUACGUUGUUUUUCCAGAAGGUUCGACUUUCUCCGUCGCGCUUUGCCUAACCGUGCACACUUUGACACCGGAUACCAUUUUCACGGAGGGCGUGAAUUGGGGCAUCUCGUACGAUUUGCCAAACGAAAGCAAGCCGGCCCUCGAGCCCUUUUUGCAGCUCCGACAGGAUCAUAUUAAAUCUGUUAAUAAGUACAGUAGUUACGCGAGCAACAUGCUCGACAAAAACGCAGCGGCCGAUCGACCGGUGGCGACCGGUUGGAACAGCUACGACAAGUAUUACUUCAAGCCUGACAAAAGAAAAUAUUACAAAGCUAAUCAUUAUUAUCUGCAAAGAAGACAUCGUAGAGACCUCUAUAACAAACUGGAAACCAUCAUGAACGCGAUGAACUUUGAUGGGAGAACGUGCGUGCUUCGGGCACUCUGCGAGGCCUCCCAGCGUCUGAUGCCGAAAGGGAACACUCUCGUCGAGGAGAUGAUGAGGAUAUCAUUCUCGUUCCCUUUGAAGCGUCUAUUCUUAUUCGAGCCGGAGGAACAUCAUACGUACGGCAAGGCUCAUAAGGCGGGCCACGAGGGCGAAGAUUGCGCCAGCAUGUUCGCUGGUUGCAGUUUCUCCCUCAUCGACAUGGCCCUCGGGAAAUACGACGCGGCACGGACACGGGAGUCUCCACUUCCGGCCGGAUACGCCGGAUACGACGGGGCAACCGAUGCGGUACGCUCUUACGGAGAGUGGACGAGGUACAACAUGAAAUAA